GGAAACCGAAAUAUUUUUGUUGUAAAUUUGUAAGAAUUUCAAUUUCAAUUUAAAUAAAAAUUACAAUACAACAUUACGAUUUACCAUAUGUUUCAUACUUCGUUUGUCCAUAAUUUUGCACGACUUAAAUAAAAUCAUUGCAUCGCGAUGUUUUUAAUCUCCCUGCCGUGUUAAAAUGUUAUGUCAUAUCGAUUGAAUAAAAAAACUAACAAUAUAAUACAAUGUUUGUUGACAUUGAUGUCGGCCAUCUUUUACUUUGAUAAUAUAAUAAUAUAAAAUUCAACACUUAUCAGGUAAACUAUAAUACCAUGUGUUGUUACCGUUAUUACACCAUUACCGAAUAGUGAAUGCAUUUAAUAUCUAUUUUGUGAGUGAAUUAGUGAAUGCCGUUCGUCCAAGUUGUAAACUUGUCACUUGUUUAAUAGAAACAGAACUCUCUUGUAGAAUAGAGUAUAGUCGACGUAUGUAGAUAAUCGCCUGUUCGACGUCGCGCUUAAACGAAUCGUCGGGCCGAAAAUAGCAUUACGGCUGAAUCUGUCCAAUCGGCAGUUGUAGGGAGUUACGCGGAGACGACGACAACAUCCGAGUUCGGAGGAACGUCAUAGAAACCUUAGCGAGAAUAAUGAGCGACGAAGAAACACCAAAUACACAACCGUCUACCUCAGAGACGACAAACGAAGCUGGCAGCUCCGCAACCGGAGUCCCUGAUGAUGACCAUCAACGCCAAAGCACGUCUGUGGCUAAUCCAAAUUCCGGUGCCCUGGAGGUGGCUGAAGACAAGACUGCGGCCACUGAUGAGUACAUCCGCUUGCGUGUCAUCACUAGUGACAUGACCAAUGAGGUGCACUUCCGUGUAAAAGCUGCCACAGCCUUGGUUCGCCUGAAACGCUCGUACUGCAGCAAGCUCGGUUUUCAGGUGGACGAGUUGCGUUUUGUGUUCGAUGGUCAUAGAAUCACUGACGAAGAUACCCCUAAAUCAUUGGGCAUGAUAAACGAUGAUGUUAUUGAAAUAUACCAAGAAAGGACCGGCGGUAUGUGAUGCAAACGUGUAAAGUUAAUUUAAUUUUUAAUUUAAAAUCUAGGUUUUUUUUUACUGAAGUGUCUUAAAAAUUAAUUAUCAUCACAGAAUAAAUAUGUGUUUGUUGCAAACAAUGUACUAUGUUAACGGUGGUAUUUCAAUAAUAUCAUUUUUUAAUUCCACAAAUUGGGCAAAAAAGUAUUCUUUAACAAAAUUAGAUAAUGUUUUCAUUCCAAAGUAAAUGUCAGAAUCAUACAAAAUUUAAAAUUUUUAACAAAGUUUAAGCUUAAUUUGAUAAAAAAAUGUUAAGCUCUAAUUGUUUAUUGAAUAAAAUUUAAUACACAGAAUGAUCCAGGGUUUCCUCAUUUGCUGUUGUGUUUACCUUUUGGCUUGUGGGGACUGUAUAUCAUUCUGUUUUUAUACCAAUUUUAUUUUGGUGAAUUGUUGAAUAUUGUACCAAUAAUAGAGUAAUAUUAAUUUAUUAGUGUACAAUGCCUAAUGCUAUUUAUAUUUUAGUACCAAAAACUGUUUACAACAAUAGUUGUUUUUUAAAUCCUUUUUGAUGUACCACUGCAUAUAUACAUAUUAUAUUUAUAAUUUUUUUAACAUACCUUUCUAUAUUUAUGGAUGCAAUACCUGUAUUCCACUAUUCUAUACCAAAUUAUAAAUAAAUGCUUUCCAAAUUUAUUUUCCUUAUUUGUAUUAUUAUGUACGCUAUAGUGAACAAUUUAAUGUUAUUUAUUUUAAAAAAAUGUGAUUUAAAUUUUUUUUUUUUUUUUGAUUAUGACAAUAUUUUUUAUACAAAUAUAAAAAAAAAACCAAA